AGUAACCGGUUAGCCACAGUUACUUUAUGCUAACCGAGAUUAAAUAAUAAAAUUUAAUUAAACUCAAUUUGUUGAUGAAUUAUUUUAUCAUUGUUAUUUUAUCUCUGGUUGAGGUAUCUAUUUAUUGAAUUGUUCAACGUUAAAGAUGUCUUAAAUCAAGUCUCAUCAUGGAUAGUAUUGAUAAAAUGUAUGGCAAUAUCCUUUUUGAUACUGAAAAUGUGAUUGGUGAGGCCAAGAGUAAAGCUGUUUUGAUUGAAAAAGUUUUAAAUGAUCUCAAAAACCUCAAUAAUGAAUUUGGUAAACGUAAAUCAUCAUUGGAACCACUGUUGGAAGACAUUGAACCACAGUUGAAUCGUCUUGAUGAGCUUAAGAAAAUCCGAAAUUUAUUGGUUAAAUUUCAAACGUUAAAAACUCUGCACAUCAAUCUGGAGAAGUUGGAUAAACUAAAGACAAUCAAACAAAAUGAAGUUGAAACUCGAUUGAUGAACAGUGUAGAUAUUUACAAGCAGCUAACAAAAGAGUGGAAAUCUUUAGCCAAAGUUAAAGAUGACAACCCAUUCAAGCUUUACUUGAAGGAAAUGAUAAUGUAUUGGAACGAACAGAUUCGAGUCAAAAUUGAGCCAGUUUUUGAGUCUAUCUUAAAAUCUGUUGGUUGGCCUAUUUUAAAGUCUAACUUAUCGAGUUCUGUUGCAGAACUAUCACUAUCAAAUGAAAGUUUAUUCAGGUUCAAGCAAUAUUUCAUUGCUCUUCUUGAAUUGGAUGUGCAACAUUUAUUCAAUGACAAAGAAAUCUUACCAAAUCUGAAUGAUGGUAACUUUUUCAAUACCAUUUCAAUUUGUUUACCCCUUCAGCUGAUGGUCAAACCACUUCGCAAAAGAUUCACGUAUCAUUUCAUGACUAAUGUUCGAACUAAUCAAUUGAGUAAACCUGAAUGGUAUUUAACUCAAAUUAUGAAUUGGAUUAAGGAUCACGAAAAUUUCCUCAGUGAACAUGUUACGGUUCUAUUCAAGGACCAAGAGACUGAAUUUGCAUCGCUGAAGAUUCAAUUUACCUGUGCUUUGCUUGAGCUUGCAGCUGACAAGUUGGCCAAAGAUCUGACUAAACUGUCUGCUGAUGACAAACUUUUUUCUCAUGCUUUCGAUGAAGUUCUAUUAACGCAGCGAGAAUUGGAAGAUAUCAAUCAAGAUUGGCUCUCAUUGUUUCGUGAAAAUUGCAACCUUCUGAGUUUAUUUGCUGUUGAACCUUACUUUACAAGACUUAGAAACAUUGAGCGUAGAAGAUCAAUGGAAUACAUCGAGACAAUAAUAUCUUCUGAAACGGCCUGGAGUCCUCUAGUUACUUCAAUUGAUGAUGAAGACGAAGAUGAAGAUAUUCUCAAAGUACCAGAAAUUGCAGACAAUUUCAUUUUAAUGUUACAAUCCAUCACAGAUCGAUUCUCUCAUUUAUCAAAAAUCAGUCAUCAAUAUGCAUUUAUAGUUCUUGAACUUGAAAUGUUAGCAGAUUUCCAUUUGCGAUUAUCACAAAUUUAUCGUUCGCUUGACAGCGAAGGACUUAAUCAGUGGCCCUUUACUCAAAGAUUUUUUUCAAUUAUAAACACCCUUAAUUAUGUUAUACUUUUGCUUAACAAUUGGAAAAAUCUUCCGGUCUUUCAAGACAUGUCUGAAUUCUCGCUGAAGGAUUCAAUUUUUGAGGAUUCUCUUUCCCUCUAUAAUCAUAUGGUUAAUGAGAUGAAGAAAAGAAUAGUUGAUAGUCUCAUGAAAUUGAUAAUGGAAAAAAUUAAAGCUUACGCAUCCUUAAGAUGGCAUUGUUUUACACUUUUGGAUGAUGACAUGCAAUAUAUUUCUUAUCAAUUGUUUUACUUGAUUUCUAAAUCACUUGAAUUAUUGAAAAGAAAGCUUUCCCAUAACAUUUUAGAAGAAUUGAUUGAAACCAUUGCCGAUUCCAUUAAAACUGCAAUAAUGAAAGAAGUAAUUUAUAAUAACAGUUUCAAUGGUGAAGGAGCUCAACAAUUACAUAGAGAUGUCAAUAUUAAUUUAUUUUCAGUGUUCAGAGUUUAUACUCCUAAUCCUGAAAGUCUUAUUAUUGAAUUGGUCGAAGCUUGUCAAUUAUUAAAUUUGGCCAAAGGAAAUUCUCUUUUAUUACAAGACACGUUAAGAAAAGGAAAUGUUUCUGAUGAUAUAUUGAAAGAUUUUAAUGUUCACCAUUUAUCAGCUAAAGUUGCUCACAAAAUAUUAUCUAAACGACUUUACACUUGAAUUGAAAUGCUGAAUGGCUUGUAAAAUUGAUGCUGAUAUCUGAUAUCUAAUUCAUAUCCGAUAAUUGGUUUUUAUUUAGUAAUAAAAUUUCUACAAAAAAAGUC